AUGAAUAACUCGUUCAAUGGAACCGAAGUCGACUAUUCGCAUAGCGCUGGCGUGAUUACGGCGAUCUUUGUUGCUUUGUCAUCUUUCAUAUUUACUUGCAUUAUUAAUGGCUUCGCAAUUAGAGGAUCGAAUAAAUUAUUCAGAAAAUCAAUAGCACAAGUGAGUGAUGAAAACGCAACGGAAUUUACUCCAGCUAAAGCAACAUUUUCCAUCUACGCUUUGAUCUAUAUUUGGCAGUUCGCUUUUCUUAUCUAUGCGAUUGUUAAUAUCUGGCGCAAAACAGACGAUGGACGUCUAUAUCUUCAUCCGUAUACGUUACAUUAUGCGAUUUUUAUUUUUUUUCUUCUGAAUAUGUUUCUAAAUUCAUUCUGGUUGUUUCUUUGGGAUCGAUUACAGCUUGGAUUUUCAACGAUCAUCAUCUACUUAAUGUUGACAACGAUCGUCGCUGCAACUGUACUUGAUCAUAUUUUUCUAUGGCGAAAACGAUGGGAUUAUAUUCGCUUGAAUAUACCGAACGAUCUUUGGACGAUGCGUGUUGUUGUAUUGAAUGGACAUGCGAUUUAUUCCGCUUGGCUAUUAGUUGCGUCGUCGUUGAAUUUGUCUAUGUGGCUGAAGAAGAGAUUACCAUUGAGUAAUGAAGGUUGGGCAACAAGUGUGCCAUUGAUCGUAUUGACCAUGGGUAUUAUAGCAUAUUGGAUUCUGGAAAACUUCGUCUUUCCUUCGCCAAUGGCUUAUACUUGGUCACCAUGGUUAGCGUGGUUUGCUGCACUAAUUGGAAUUCUUGCCAAACACUGGAAAUUAUUGAAAAUGACAAAUCCAAAAGGUUAUCGUCGCGGUACGCGUCAUUUAUUUGCACGCGAUUUCAAGAAAAAUGGCCGUAUCCCUUUGGCUACCUAUAUGAAAAUCUUCAAACGUGGAGAUAUCGUCGAUAUUAAAGGUAAUGGUGCUGUGCAAAAAGGUAUGCCACACAGAUUUUAUCACGGUAAAACCGGUCGUGUUUUCAACGUAACUCGACAUGCCGUUGGUAUUAUCGUUAACAAACGUGUUCGACACCGUGUCAUUGCCAAACGUAUCAAUGUCCGUAUCGAACAUAUUAAACACUCGAAAUGCCGUGCGGAUUUUCUUAAUCGUGUCAAACUUAGUGAACAAUUAAAACGAGCAGCCAAAGAAUCCGGCAAGCCAGUACCACUUUCAAGCAUCAAACGACAACCACAAGGUCCACGAAAACAACAUUUGGUUCGCACACGCGGUAACAAACCACAAAUCGUCGAACCAAUUCCAUACCAAUUCGUAGCUUAA